UUCUCAACUCCGUCUUCUAACAUUUUAAACUCGUAAAGGCAGCUCCUCAGAAUUCAGAACCCCCUGCCUCAACGGUUAUCACUGGAGAGCAGCCACCCAGAGCGAGAGAGAGAGAGAUUGAAUAGAGGCCCAUAACCCUCCAACCUCCCGAAGCACCAGCACUCAGCCAGAGGUGCCAUGGGCGACUUCUCCGCCAGCAGCAGCCACCGUUCCCGCCUCGACGACUGCCACGGCGACGCACUCAUCCGCCAUCGCGUCGACUCGCCGCAGUCCGUCUUGGACCCCUUGCUCUCUUCCAUGGCCGGCCUCAGCUUCACGCGUCAUCCUCUCCAAGAUCCGCGCGGCCGCAAGAUCACCAAGAAAGGAACGCGUACCGUCGAGGACUCAAUUCCCCGUGGCUCCCGGCGCAGUGCGAUUGCCUCAUACGAUUUUACUCCGCCGGCCCCGAUCGUGGUGAAGAGGCGGCGAUUCACGACCCUCAUCGAUGACGAUGACUGCGGAAUGGAUGACGGAGAUGCAACGCCUGGGGUCGCAAGAAAGCUUUGGGACCUCCUUGAUAAGGUGGCUUCGGAGAGCGCCGAUCCUAAGGAAGAGAGGCAGGGGAUGAACUGAAAACGAAGACGAAGUACUUCCUGCGAAAAUAAUUAGGGUUUCCUCGCGGUUAUCCACGCAAAGGAGUGGCUGAUUCUGUAUACAGUCGGUGAAUUCUUUUGUCUCUACGAAAUUGAAGAGCAUCGCAUUAGGUUACAAGCUCGGUGGAGGAGGAGAAGAAGAAGAAAGCAUGUUUAUGUAUGCCUUAAGAGGAAGAAGAAGAAGAAGAAGAAGAAGAAGAAGAAGAAGAAAGCAUGUUUGUUGAUUCUAUUUUUUUGGAUGUUUGGGCAAAAAGUCCUUUGGACGCACUGAGAAAUUCAGGUUGAUUCUGCUGAUUUGAAAUUUUAUUGAGCAAUAGAUUUGAAGACUUGCUGAUUUUGCUUGUUCUUUUUUUAAGUAUAAAGUAGUUGCUUGUUGAAGAUAGAACUUUUAACUGCUUGUUGAAAUACUUAAAAUCAGCCCUCAUGUGCCUCUGGGAUAAGAAUUUUUUUGUCUAUGUGUGUAAAUUAAACUUCUUAUUGUAUUUUACCUUGCUAUGGGAUGCAAAGACUUAAAUAUGGAACAG